AUGUUGAUGGAUUGGUUGAAGACCCUCUCUGGGUACUUGACGCCGGCAUUCUUGGUCAUGUCGCCAAUACUCUCGUACAGCGACCAGGCCUUUUCGAUGCAUCGGAACCGGUCGAGCGCGGGCUUUUCGCUCGAUAUUCCGCUUAUCAUGCUAGUCGCGUCAUUGUGCAGGAUAUUUUACUACCCAGGCGCCAAGUACGACACUGCGCUUUUAAUCCAGUCGCUCGUCAUGGUUGCCAUGCAAAUUGUACUCCUCAAGAUUGCUCUUGACCAUCGCCCUCCGCCGUACUCCCGCGGAGGAGAUGCUGCGACACCUUUUGCGCGCGCGCACGAGACACCGCGACCAUUUAACUUCUGGCAGUGGAGGUCGUCGAAGCCAUAUUGGCAAUUCCUGGCAGGCCUGUUCCUCGGCCUUCUCGUGUGCGAGUUCACUCUUUCUCCAUUCCCAACUGUCUACCAAUCGUACUCGUCAUUUAUCGGGUACUUUGGUCUGGGAGUGGAGGCUAUUCUUCCAAUCCCCCAGAUUUUGGCCAACCGGCGGGUGCGCUCCUGCAAGGGCUUCCGCUUCUCGGUGCUGGCCAGCUGGCUGCUGGGAGACACCAUGAAGAUGUUUUGGUUUUUCACUUCCAAAACAACCAUCCCCUGGCCCUUCAAGCUGUGUGGCCUGUUCCAGGGUUCCUGCGAUUGCCUGCUUGGCAUUCAAUACAUGAUGUAUGGCAGUGGCAGCAGCGAGGCCCCCAUGGCACCCACCUCAACUGCUCGCUCUCGCGCAACUAGCCUGCAUGAGCUUAAGCCAAACGGGUACACCACAGCCAGUGGCCAUGCUCACCAUCCUGGCCGCCGGAUAUCCGUGACGGAGAAGAACACAUGA